UCACCAUUACAAAAAAUAAAAUUUCGAGACGAAAGCACGGAAGCUCCGCUGUCGACGGAAUCGCGAAGGGCGGAUGAGUGCUGCGCGAGUUUAAUGUUUUUAUUCGCCCAAGUUGUGGAGCUAGCUUCCGCUUUCGACCAAAACGCACUCCGACGCAGGCUUUUACCAAAAUAUCGACGCAGUUUCCUAGGGAAAUGCAGGUCCAGUGAUGAGGCCCGCUACUAGCUCACGCGUGUGAGAUGGUGCACGACAAGCAGUGUGAAAAGUAAAGUAAAGGCAAAAAGGAAAAAACGAAAAAGCGGAGACCCACAGAGAAUUCACAAAAAGUGUUAAGUUCGUAAUGUGCAUUUAGCAGUCGCGUCGCAGAAAAGCAAUCGUCGCCAAACAUAUUGCUUUGUGUUUCUUUGUUUUGUUUGGCUCGCACGCGCGCUUGUGUGUGUGUUUUGGUGUGCUCGUGUGUGUGUGCGCGCGUGAGAGAGCAAGGACAAGAGGGAGAGAGGAGGAGUCUGGAGGAGAGAGAGAGUCAACAACUGUGGAGCUGAAAAACACUCUCCGACGAUGGACACGUUUCGCAAAUGGCUGAACAAACCCAAGGCUGAUGACAAAUCGCUGCUGGCCCGCUUCUUCCAUGCGGAUCGAUCCCUUACAGCGGUGGCCAGUGAGCUGGACAGCUUCGAUGGACGGGCAGAGCCGGAUCGGUGCACCAGACUGGUCAGCAGGCUGCGACAGAACCAGGACAAAGUCUUGGCCAUCACGAACUUGAUCAUGGAAGAGCUGCUGGGAGAUGAUCGCGACCCAAGGGCUUUUCGCGCCAAGUUUCCGGAAGAAGUGCUGCAGGAGAACCUGGCGGGGCAGCUGUGGUUCGGCGCCGAGUGCCUGGCCGCCGGAUCCUCGAUCAUGAACCGAGAGACGGAGAGCAAAGAGAUGCGUCCCCUGGCCCAGGCGGUGACCAAGAGUCUGGGCAAUGUGCGCGUCCUGCUUAGGGAUCAGUGUCUGCGCAACAAUGUGCCCAACAGCAAGACCCUGCACCUGGACCUGAAUGACUCCACCACUGAGCAGCUGUAUGAGAGCCUGAAGAUCUUCGAUCGACUGUUCGCAGAGUUCGAGCUAAGCUAUGUGAGCGCCAUGGUGCAGGUGAAGUCCCGGCACGAGUACGAGAUGCAGCAGUGGAUCGGCGUGCUCUUCUCGGAGACGCUACAGCGUGCCCUGAAGACCGGACUGCUCGAUCAGGACAUGGUGGAUGCCUUCGAUCCGGGCCUUAUGUUCUCCAUUCCGCGGCUGGCCAUUGUCGCCGGCCUGGUGGUCUAUGCCAAGGGUCCACUCAACAUGGACAUGCCGGGCGAUCAGUUGUCCGAGAUGUUCCGUCCCUUCCGCACCAUUCUGAUCAAGAUCCGUGAUCUCCUGCGCAACCUCAAUCACCAGGAGCUGUACCAGCUGGAGAAGCUUCUGUGCACCAAUGAGGAUAUCAACAACACCAAGGUUCCCCUUGGCUCGAGUAGCAUCGAGGCACCUAGUCCGGAGCACAGUGCCAAUCCCACAACGAGCACCAGCAGCAGCAGCAACAGUAACAACAACAAUAACAACAACAACCACAGCAGCAUCAGCACGGCGACGCACAGGACUGUGGAACGGCUGGUGGAUCAGCGAAACAACAAUAAUAGCAACAGUGCUGCUCCAGCCGCGGAGGAGGCCACACUGCGCUCACCGUCCAUGUUGUCGCUGUCGGCCACCAGCACGCCCACCGCCUCGCCCGCACCCUCGCCCACGCCCUCGCACUCGAUAGCCUCCACAUCGUCGGCGGCUACUAGCUCCACAAAUCCACCGGCAGACUGGAGCGAUGGCGAUGACGAGGAUGAAGACGACGAGGAAGCAGACAUCGAGGUGGAUGAGGAGGACUUGAAUACCAGCAGCGACGAGGACACGGAUGAGGAGCAGUUGCUCAAGGAUAUUGUGGCGGCGGACUGUGCCUCUGGCUACCUCAUACCCAAUACCAAUCUGGGAAACCUGCUACAGCCCCAGGAGGUUCCUCUCACGGACAACUUCGUGGCCAGCGAAGAUGAUGAGUAUGGAGCCGGGGAGCUGCAGCAGCAGCGACAGCGUCAGGAGGAUGAGCCCAGCACCAGUGCCGCCAUGUUGGCGGCCAGCCACAACCUUCAGCGGCUGCGUUUGCCCAGCAGUGACAGUGAACCGCUGGCCGAGCACACAACGACAAUCAAAUCGUCCGAGGAGCAGCUGGUCCAGCAGCAGCAGGCGCCACCCGUGCCCAGUAGUCGGCAUCGGCAUAGUCACCGCCAUCACCAUCACCGCCACCAUCACCACCACCAUCAUCACCAGCACCACACACAUCACCACGAGCAGCCGCAUCCGCAUCGCACAACGCGUAGUGCUCGUAAACGUUGCAGCCUGGAAGCCUCGGAGCCUAUAGAGACGACGAAUCAGCCAGAGAGGGAUCAGAUCCUGGGCAGCGGCGACACUAGUGCCGCCUCCUCGCUGUCCGACGAUGUGUCCCUGGCCAUGCGUAACACCACGGCACGCCUCAAGUUCAAGAGCACCGAGAACCUGCUGCAUCGCUUGUUCGUCUGCAUUGCCGGCGUUGCCGACCAGCUGCAGACGAACUUUGCCUCCGAUCUGCGCCAGAUUCUUCGCAGUGUGUUCCUCAUGAACAUGUCGUCUGCUCAGGAGGAGAUGGACAUACCGGAAAAGACCAAGGAGUCGGAGCUGUUCGAGUUCCGGGCCUCCGAGAAUGAUGUGAUACAGGAGAGUGCCGGCUCCAACCAAAGCAUUUACUCAGCGGAGGAGGUGAAUCCCGAGCUGGACAAUGUGUUCAGCGCCGGUGGAAGCGGUGAAGAAGGAGGCGCCAGGAAUGGUAAUCCAGGCAAUGCCCAGCGCCAUUCCACAGGCGCCAGUAUCCAGAGAAAUCAUACCAUCGAUCUGGUGACGACUACGCUGAGCGGCGAGGGAAGUGGUGGGGCCGCCAGUCGCUCGCAUGUGACACGGAGCCGAAGUCUCGGGGACCAGGAGUCAGCCAGCACGACGGCCCACAGCAGCACACAGCAGCAGGAGCAGCAGCAGCAGCACCAGCAAUUGCAGAUCCAGCUCCAGCGGCACCGUAACAAUUCCGUGGGCAGCAACACGCCGUCCAGCGCCUCCUCCACCAGCUCCAGUUCGGAGCAGAAUUCCCCGGUAAGUGCCAGGAGCGGCAGUCGCCGUCGCCUGCAGAGCAACAACGAAACCCAGAUGCCAGCCUCCGCCACAACUACACUGGCUCCGCCCGCCUGGAUACCCGAUGGCAAGGCGCCACGCUGCAUGGCCUGCCAAACGCCAUUCACUGCCUUCCGGCGUCGCCACCAUUGCCGCAACUGCGGCGGAGUGUUCUGCGGUGUCUGCUCCAACUCCUCGGCACCACUGCCCAAAUACGGAUUGACCAAGGCGGUGCGCGUCUGUCGGGAAUGCUAUGUGCGUGAGGUGCGCUCGGGCUUGCAGGGAGUCCAAGGCGUCCAGUUGCAGAGUCCAACGGCCACCGCCUCUUAGGAUUGGCCUUUGGCGCUGGCAGGCGCAGCUGAUGACCAAAAAGGGAGAGGAAAAGCAAACUGUGAAUCGCAAACAUUGUUUUCUGUAUUUUAUACGUAAACCCAAUCCGAAGCGAGAGCGUAUAUAGAUCGUAUAUAUAUCUUAUAUAUAACCAUAACUAUAUAUUUUUAUUUCCAAACAAUGACCAAUAACUGAGCGUCUAUCAAACGAGUGUGUGUACAAUAAAGCUUCGAUCCUGUACUAUAUA